CGUCUUUCAACUUUUCGACAUCUUCCUGCCUCUAACUCACAAGUCUAGUCUACAACCUCAAGGUCGCAACUCAAUUAGACUGUACGAUCGCAACAGGUUCCCAUGCUGCUUCUCGCCUGACUUACGCAGUCCCACUCUUGACUAUCCGCAGUUGCCAUCUCCUUCCUGCCUCUGUGAUGGCAACCCUUGCCGACGAGUUACUCAACGAUUUCGAGGAUUCGGGCUCGGAACAAGAAGAUGGCCAGAAUGGCGGACAGGACACAACCCUUGGGGACGAGAAGCCGACUUCGGCGCAAUCUCCCGGAAUGGAACUAGAUGGUGAUGAAGAAGCCGACGAGGACGAAGAAGACGAGGAGCUCGCGGCGAGAAAUGCUGCUGGCCAUGAUGCCGCAGACGAUGAAGAUGACACAAAGGCAAAGAUUGAAAAAAUGCGACUCGGUGGUGUUCGAGAUGUGCGCAGCGUUGCAGGCUUGAUGAAGACUCUACAACCAGUGCUCGAGAAAAUCGCUCACUAUCAGAACAUCCCUCCCCAACAAAGGACGACAACCAUCGGCUCCGUUGAAGACAACCCAGAAUAUGCUCUCCUGACCCAGUCCAAUUCUCUUUCCACCCAGAUCGAUAGCGAAAUUGUUUUGGUCCACAAAUUCAUUAGGGAUCACUACUCUGCCCGUUUUCCUGAGUUGGAAACACUGGUCACAAAUCCUCUAGACUAUGCCAAAUCGGUUGCCAUCAUCAAAAACGGCCCUCUCGAGAACAUCAAAACAAUUGCUUCGUCCGCCGAUAACAUUGUCGGCGUUCCUCUUCGCUCUAUUCUCGACGGCCCGACUCUGAUGGUUGUCAGUGUCGAGGCCACCACAACAAAGGGUCAAGAUCUCACCGAAUCAGAACUGGAAGCAACCCUGCGGGCCUGUGAAAUGGUGCUUCAGCUAGACAAGGCAAAGAUAAUUCUGACAGGAUACGUGCAAUCAAGGAUGAACGUAUUCGCUCCAAACCUAACCACUCUAAUCGGAUCUCUUACUGCUGCUCAAUUGUUGAACUUCGCUGGCGGUCUCAAGGGUCUAGCCAAGGUUCCAGAUCGAAAUGUACCGGCCAUGGGAUCGAGAAAGCAAAAGCAAAGUGGUCUCGCAACCAAUGUCGGCAUCCGGCAACAGGGCUAUCUCUACCACUCGCCAUUAAUUCAGAGUAUUCCAACGGACCUUAAAGUCCAGGCGAUGCGGAUCGUUUCCGCCAAGUUGGUUCUUGCGGCUCGAGUUGACAGCGUUCACCAAGCCCCCGACGGCUCCACUGGCGAACAACUGCGUGACGACUGCCUUCGAAGACUUGACAAAUUGACAGAGCCGCCACCCAACCGCGGCCCAAGGGCAUUACCUGCCCCUGACGACAAGCCAGCCAGAAAACGUGGAGGAAGAAGAGCUCGAAAAGCCAAAGAGGCAAAUGCUAUGACCGAGCUGAGGAAACAACAGAAUAGGAUGGCAUUUGGCAAAGAAGAAAGGGAGACGGGUUACGGCACAGGUGACGGCACAGUGGGUCUCGGCAUGAUCGGCCAGCAGAACGAUGGGAGAAUUCGAGCCACCCAAAUCGAUCGACGAACAAUGGCCAAAUUAAGCAAGAAGAAUCCCGGCUGGGGAGCUGCUGGGACUGCAACCAGUCUCAACAGUGGGAUGAACACAUCACUCAAGGCGUUCGGUUCCACCAUGGGGGGAAAUGCAACCAGCCUGAGAAAUUCUGGGCUGCGAACAUCAGGAGUUGGCGCAAACGCGGGGACAGCAAGUUCCAUUGCGUUCACUCCUGUGCAAGGGUUGGAGCUGGUGGACCCCAAAGUACAAGCAGAACUCAAACGCAAACGCGAAAGAGAAAAUGCAGGAUACUUUUCCAGCGGUACCUUUACACAGAUUGGUUCCAAAGCAGAUGGAGGAUUCAAAGUGCCUCAAUUGCCAACAGCAAAGAGAGUUAACAUGGGGCCUCCUCCUGCACCGCCAAAAUGAGAUAAACCAUCCCCGAGCAUCACUUUCUACCGAGAUCAUCAUACGGGUUCCAUUAACGACUGAAGCAGACCAAGUCUGCCUGCCUUUUGGGUCGACUCUGAACGUCUUCUGUCUGACGAUACGAUGCAUCGUCCGCGGUACGUCUGGCCUGAGCGUCUACGAUCAGCUUAUCUUGAUUCAGCGAUGGCCAAUAUCCCUGACAUAUCGGGCCUGAGAGUGGCACGAUUGAGCUGUGGACAGACAGUGAUAUCAGUCUUCCAUUGCCCUCCAUACACAUCAAAAAUUCAAGACGAACCAGUCUAUAGCACAGAGAACCACAAGCGGAGGACUAUAUGCUUAUUGGGGAAUCGCGACAGCCACGCGAUGCCAGUGGUAGUCAUUUGUCCUUUUCCCUGAAUCGAAGGCUGAGGAUACAGAAGCUUCCAUUCAAGCUUCAUUGGUGUAUCGGGAACGACUAGCAGACCAGUGUGUUAACAUGCACAAAGAGGCUGAAGUCAAGUAUAGUAGAGCUGACCACACGGCACGUCAAUGAGCGAUCGCUUUGAUCACUGCCUUGAAUUCCUGGGAAUCAGAGAACAAGAAAAGCCGAUUCAAGGAGCACAAGCUGCCCGUACCAUUUGAUACUCUUCAUCUUGUAUGCGAAUCUCGUGGUUCUAAUCGAAGAUUCAACCGCGCUUCCCUCUUCCUGACCCCCUCCCACCUCUCCCUCUAUACCCG